AACUUGGAUGAGUGACUUGGCCACCACACGUAGACAACAAACGAAUGCCGAUCUUGAGUGGAUGUUCUUAACAUGAGGAAUAGUUCACUGUUUCAUCAUUUUGGGACGUGACUCGCAUUAUAAAUACAACUGGUCAUGGAUGAAAAUACUCGGCUGUCCCUUGCCUACCAAAAUCUGACUGAUCUGCCGGAUAGGUAUAUAAGACAAUAUGCAAACAGGCUUCAAGAAGUUGAUCUCAGCCAUAACCAGUUCACUCAAGUUCGUUUCCUGGAAGGCUUUCCCAAUCUUGACACUCUGAUAUUGGAUAAUAACAAUAUUAAGUCGCACACCAAAUUUCCACCACUGCCUAAUCUUACAACACUUUGGCUGAAUCGAAAUAAAAUUGACAAUUUGACAGUCUUUGUAGACAUGUUGGCAAGAUCCUUCCCAGCGUUGAAAUACCUAUGCAUGAUGGACAAUCCUGGUGCACCAAGUUAUUUUAAUGGUGGUACUUUCCAACAGUAUAAAGAAUACAGGCAGUAUGUUAUCAGUCAGUUGCCAUGCCUACAAGUAUUAGAUGAUGAAAAGAUUGCUCAAGAAGAAAGAUCAGAAGCGGAGAGAAUUUUCCGACAAUUACCUUCACAAAGCAGUGAACCAAGUCAAGCCAAGAAGAGAUCCAAGAAGAAAAAAAAGAAAAGAAGAUCAGACUUGGAAGUCACAUGAUAGUCACAUGAUCUCAUUUCAUUACAGUAUUGUAGUGAAAACCAAGUAGUACUUCUCAGUUUUGAGAAAUCACUCCUGUCUAGUUAUAUUUACACAAAAAGGUGC